AUGGAGGGACCCAUCGCCGGCCAGGACACCGUGCCGACUGACACAGAGCCCUCCAACACAGUCAAACUGCUGCACCUGCUUUUCCUGUCCACCUCCUGGGGAAUGCAGCUCUGGGUGACGUGUGUGGCUGGGUUUGUGAUGGGCAGCCGCCUCCCUCGCCACACCUUCGGCUUCAUCCAGCGUGAGCUCUUCCCCUACUACUUCCACAUCGGCUCUGCCUGUGCCUUCCUCAACCUGACUCUGUUUGCCAUGUACCACCCCAGCGAGCUGCUCAGCGAUGAACAGACAAUCCAGAUCAUCGUGUUUUUUGUCUGUGUCGCUGCUUCUGUGCUGAACACGCAGUGGUUCGGGCAGGUCACCUCCGACAUCGUGGCAGACAUGCACCUCAUCGAGCGCAGCCAUGGCCUCGGCCAGGAGGUUGGGCUGGUGACCAGCAAGUCCUGCAGGGAGCUGCGUGCCUCCAACCCCAGCUACCAGCGGCUGUGCCAGCAGUUUGCCCUCUACCACACUCUUGCCUCCCUCUGCAACCUCUGCUGCAUCGCCUGCAACGGCCUGAGCUUGUACUACUUGGCCACUCGACUCUCUGCUCUGUGA